AUGCACUGGAUCCUCACUGGAAGUGACUGGGGCCUCGCUGGAAGUGACUGGGGCCUUGUUGGAAGUGACUGGGGCCUUGCUGGAAGCGACUGGGGCCUCGUUGGAAGUGACUGGGGCCUCGCUGGAAGCGACUGGGGCCUCGUUGGAAGUGACUGGGGCCUUGCUGGAAGCGACUGGGGCCUUGCUGGAAGCGACUGGGGCCUCACUGGAAGCGACUGGAUCCUCACUGGAAGCGACUGGGGCCUCACUGGAAGCGACUGGAUCCUCACUGGAAGCGACUGGAUCCUCACUGGAAGCGACUGGGGCCUCACUGGAAGCGACUGGAUCCUCACUGGAAGCGACUGGGGCCUCUUUUCUGUAUUAUUAUCACCAGAAAUUGCCACUUCUUCACCCGAGGGAUCAUCUUCUUCAUCUGUAGUUACUGCAGUCUCACCAGUGUCAGUUACUGUGCCAUCACUUCCAUAUACUGCUGCUCCUUCAGUAGACGUUACUACUCCUUCAGUAGAUGUUACUGCUCCUUCAGUAGACGUUACUACUCCUUCAGUAGACGUUACUGCUUCAGUAAUUACUGCUCCUUCAGUAGAAGUUACUGUUCCUUCAGUAGACGUUACUGCUCCUUCAGUAGUAGUUACUGUUCCUUCAGCAGACGUUACUGUUCCUUCAGCAGAACUUACUGUUCCUUCAGCAGAAGUUACUACUUCAGUAGUUACUGCUCCUUCAGUAGAAGUUACUGUUCCUUCAGCAGAAGUUACUGCUCCUUCAGUAGAAGUUACUGUUCCUUCAGUAGACGUUACUGCUCCUUCAGUAGUAGUUACUGUUCCUUCAGCAGAAGUUACUGCUCCUUCAGUAGAAGUUACUGUUCCUUCAGCAGAAGUUACUGCUCCUUCAGUAGAAGUUACUGUUCCUUCAGCAGAAGUUACUGCUCCUUCAGUAGAAGUUACUGUUCCUUCAGCAGAAGUUACUGCUCCUUCAGUAGAAGUUACUGCUCCUUCAGUAGAAGUUACUGUUCCUUCAGCAGAAGUUACUGCUCCUUCAGUAGAAGUUACUGUUCCUUCAGCAGAAGUUACUGCUCCUUCAGUAGAAGUUACUGUUCCUUCAGCAGAAGUUACUGCUCCUUCAGUAGACGUUACUGUUCCUUCAGCAGAAGUUACUACUUCAGUAGUUACUGUUCCUUCAGUAGACGUUACUGUUCCUUCAGUAGACGUUACUGUUCCUUCAGUAGACGUUACUGUUCCUUCAGUAGACGUUACUGUUCCUUCAGUAGACGUUACUGUUCCUUCAGUAGACGUUACUGUUCCUUCAGUAGACGUUACUGUUCCUUCAGUAGACAUUACUGUUCCUUCAGUAGACGUUACUGCUCCUUCAGCAGACGUUACUGUUCCUUCAGUAGACGUUACUGUUCCUUCAGCAGACAUUACUGUUCCUUCAGUAGACGUUACUGUUCCUUCAGCAGACGUUACUGUUCCUUCAGUAGACGUUACUGUUCCUUCAGCAGAAGUUACUGUUCCUUCAGCAGACAUUACUGUUCCUUCAGUAGACAUUACUGUUCCUUCAGUAGACGUUACUGUUCCUUCAGUAGACGUUACUGUUCCUUCAGCAGAAGUUACUGCUCCUUCAGUAGACGUUACUGUUCCUUCAGCAGAAGUUACUGCUCCUUCAGCAGAAGUUACUGCUCCUUCAGCAGAAGUUACUGCUCCUUCAGCAGAAGUUACUGCUCCUUCAGCAGAAGUUACUGCUCCUUCAGCAGAAGUUACUGCUCCUUCAGUAGAAGUUACUGCUCCUUCAGUAGACGUUACUGCUCCUUCAGUACUAGUUACUGUCAUUUCACCAGAAAUUGUUAUAUCAGCAGCUGAAGUUACAAGAGCUUCACUAUGA